AUGGCUCCUCUACUAGACGACCCAAAUUUUGCAGUCCUACCUGACUUUAUGGUAAAUGAUCACAGAGAGGCUAGGGCACAACUCAUCGCCAAUGGUAUCGUGAACAAUGCCCAAGUGGCAGAAUUGUUAGCAGUGCUAUGGACCAUGAAAAACAACACAGCAUGGGAUCUAUGGGCGGAACAACUUGAAGAAGCCGCUAGAGACGCUGAAGAAAUUCAGUGCCUAGCAGCUGAAGAAUGUUACAGAAAGGCCCAGCUUUCCAACAGUGCACUUGAUAGGGUCAAUCCCGUGUCCGCUUCAUGGAGCACCAGGACGAUGGAAGACUGA